UGCUUCAAAGCGUCUGCUUCCUUUGUCCUAGUAUUCUGUUCGACUUUUUCUGCACACGCACACGAUGUAUCCUAUUUAGUCCCUGGCGGAUUCAUACCAUUGGCGUUUGUUAGCUUAGCUCAUUUGCGCAUUCCUGUGCUGCGGCUCGUUGCAUUGUCGCUUGUCUGCCUCGUUCCUUCCCUGCUUACUGUUGCUGCUUUGUGCGUUUCAGAGGACUCUGUCGAGUUUUACGGCCGUUUGUCGAGAGCAUCUUAUGCUGCAGGCCUGUGAUCGCUCGCAGCCCGUGUGUCGUCGUCAGAUAGAAUCGACGAAAAACUACUUAAGACAACAGCAUCUAUUCGUCCCGCUUCGUGUCAGCCAUUACAGGUGUCUUGUCUGGGUGACUUUUGAGUGCGGUGGGCAACAAGAGCAACUGCUACUUCUGGUAGAAGUGUUGCUGAUCGACGAAUUGGGCGAGGCACAAUUCGCUGACAUUGCUUCCAAUGAGUCCUGGUGCUGGCCGCAGUUGGGAACGCAGAAUUGAGUCACAGAGUGUGUGCACUUAGUGAAUGAUUCACUGAAAUCAUCAGCCGUGUAACUCGUGGUGGUGAAAGCGUGGUCCUCGCUGUAACCGUUGCAGUCGGUUCCAUUCCAAGAGACAAUCGUACCCGAGCAGGCCGGCGAGUGAUCUAGCGAGCCCGAGCGACGUGUCAGCCGUAGCCGUAAUUCAAAUUAAAGAUCACAAGACAGCGUCGACGACGAGAGAAAGACGUUUACCCGUACAGUGGCUGUUACGCGGAGCAAGCAAAGGAGUGUUUAGCGCCAUCAGUAGUGACCAAAAAGCGAAAGGAAAACAUCAUAAGUGGUGUAUUUUCUUAUCAUAUCAUCGGACGCUGCGUAUGCCGAAUAGUGAAUUCAAGACGAAUAUAGUUUCUGCUGUUUAUUGGCUGUUUUGACGACCCUAUCUGUUACGGUAGGAUUUCUUGCCUGUAGUCCUCCGGCUAAUGAGUAACUCUCGAUUUCAACCAGCUCGCCGCAUCCUUAGCGUGAUACCGUAACUGAAUAGCCUAUUACUGGCCCAUUGUGGUCCCGCUCGAGUUGUUCUGGAUGCCGCCUUUUGGCUGCGACGUAGGAGCUGACUAAUGUCUUGCAUCACUGGGCAACCCGCCACAGAAGAGUGUCCGACGACCCCAGAGAGUACCCUCGAAGGUUCUGCCGCCGCCGUCAACGCCCCGAACGCAAACACUACUCUCGUGAGCGACACCGCCACGACUGCAAAUACCACUAGUGGAGAAACAUCGCCGCUCUCGAAGAGGCGAAAGCUCGAAGACUCAACGACCAACGGUACGGGAAGCGGCACAAGCAGCGGCGGCGCUACCGAAACUGCCAGCGGAACCGCUGCUGUCGCAGCCCGUGGCGACGGUUCCACCACUGCAGCAGCAGCGGUGGCCAGCCAAGCAUCGAACGGGAAUACACAAGUAUCUCAAACAACGGCUCCUAUAUCCACGGAUUCGUCGACGUCAGUCGGCAUGAUCAAGAACGGUGACUCAAUGGCGAGCAGCGGCACUGAAAACGGAAGAGGUCGUUCGAAUAGCAAAAAUGGUACCGACAUCGACGAAGGCCUAUACUCAAGGCAGCUCUAUGUACUGGGUCAUGAGGCUAUGCGGCGAAUGCAGUCGUCGGACGUACUCAUCUCAGGUUUAGGUGGUUUGGGAGUCGAAAUCGCGAAAAAUGUAGUUCUCGGCGGUGUCAAAUCAGUAACCCUACACGAUACUAAAUCUGUGUCCAUCACAGAUUUGUCAGCACAGUACUUUUUAACAAAAGAAGAUAUCGGAAAAAAUCGUGCGCAAGCCUGCUGUCCACGCAUCGCAGAGCUCAACAGUUAUGUGGCCGUGUCGGCGUCUACGGGUUCUCUGUCCGAAGACUUUCUUUCAAACUUCGGCGUUAUUGUGCUCACUGAUUCCAUUCUUGAGGAACAGGUGCGCAUCGACUCGUGGGCUCAUGAAAUUGGCAAUAAAUGCGUGAUUGUUGCCGAUACGCGUGGUCUAUUUUCUCGGAUUUUCUGCGAUUUUGGUCCCGAGUUCACCGUUUACGAUACCAAAGGUGAACAACCGCUCAGCGCUAUGGUGGCAUCAGUGACCAAGGAUGGUGAAGGUAUUGUCACUUGUUUGGAUGAAACUCGGCACGAUUUCGAGGACGGUGAUUAUGUGCGCUUUUCGGAGGUGCAGGGUAUGACCGAGCUGAAUGGACGUGAGUUCAAGAUCAAAGUGCUUGGAGCAUUCACUUUUUCUAUCGGUGACUCGUCGGCGUUUAGUGACUACACUCGUGGUGGUAUUGUUACGCAGGUAAAGAAGCCAGUCAUCUUGGAGUUUAAAUCUAUGAAAGACACGCUCGAGGAGCCACCGCUCGCUGAAUCAGACUGGGCGAAACUCUCUCAUCCGAGUAACAUGCACAUCGCAUUUCAAGCACUCGAUAAAUUUCGAGCAACGAGAGACGCUUUGCCAAAGCCAUGGAACGAGGCGGAUGCUGAUACCGUGUUCGCCGCUGCCAAAGAAAUCGCCCCUGCAAAUACCGAACUCGACGAAAAACUUAUCAAAUUGUUCGCGAAGGUCAGCGCGGGAAAUUUAUGUCCUAUGAAUGCAACGAUUGGAGGCAUUGCUGCCCAGGAAGUUAUGAAAGCGUGUUCAGGCAAGUUCACCCCAUUCCGUCAGUGGUUCUAUUUCGACGCCGUUGAAUGUCUGCCAGAGGACUGGAAAGUUACUGAGGAGGAUGCUACGGCUUUGCCAGAUGACCGCUAUACAGGGCAGAUAAACGUUUUCGGCAAGGCCUUCCAGGCAAAGGUCCUCGCACAGAACUGGUUCAUAGUCGGAGCUGGUGCAAUCGGUUGCGAACAUCUGAAAAACUUCGCCAUGAUGGGUGUCGGCGCCGGACCUAAAGGCAGCAUUACUGUGACAGAUAUGGACACAAUUGAAAGAUCAAACUUAAAUCGGCAGUUCCUUUUCCGCUCAUGGGAUGUUGGUCAGCUCAAAUCGAAGGCGGCAGCAAAAGCUGUUGCUAAGAUGAAUCCUGAGGUGAGAAUCACUUCGCACGAUAACCGCGUCGGUGCCGACACCGAGCCAGUGUACAAUGACGAUUUCUUUGAAACACUAGACGGAGUAGCUAAUGCACUAGACAACGUCGACGCACGUAACUACAUGGACCGGAGGUGUGUUUACUAUCGCAAGCCGCUGCUGGAGUCGGGCACGCUAGGAACAAAGGGUAAUGUACAAGUCGUUUUACCCUAUCUUACCGAGAGCUACAGCUCUAGUCAAGAUCCACCCGAAAAGUCUAUUCCCAUCUGCACCCUGAAGAACUUCCCCAACGCGAUCGACCAUACCUUACAGUGGGCACGUGACGAAUUUGAAGGCUUGUUUCGCACUGGUGCAGAGUUCGCGAGUCAAUACAUUCAUGAUUCCGAUUUUCAUAAUAAAGCGAUGAAAAGUCCCGGGUCACAAGGUCAAGAGAUCUACCAGGCUGUGAAGAAGGUCCUCGUUGAUGAAAAGCCCUCGAAGUUUGAGGAUUGUGUCGCGUGGGCCCGCAAACAUUUCGAGGAGCAAUAUGCCAACCAAAUUAAGCAACUCCUUCACAACUUCCCAAAGGAUCAAGUGACAAGCUCCGGCGCACCCUUUUGGUCUGGUCCCAAACGCUGUCCCCAUCCUUUGGUGUUUGACACCGACGUCGAGCUACACCUUAACUAUGUCGAAGCGGCCGCACGACUUAAAGCAUUUAUGUACGGUAUCGACUCGAAGGGUGUCAGGCGAGAGCAGAUCAAGGAGAUGCUCGCAUCCGUCAAAGUACCGGAGUUCCAGGCGAAGCAAGGCAUCAAGAUCGCUGUCACCGAUGCGGAGGCGCAGCAGCAACAGUCGCAUAUUGGUGACACAGACUUGAUGUCAAAACUCGCUUCAAGCAUCCCUGAGCCUAGCUCAUUCAAGGGCUUCUUCCUGACGCCCAUCGAGUUCGAAAAGGAUGACGACACCAACUUCCACAUGGACUUCAUCGUUGCUGCAUCGAACCUCCGUGCCGAGAACUAUGACAUUCCGCCAGCUGACCGCCACAAGUCGAAGCUGAUCGCGGGCAAGAUCAUUCCGGCAAUAGCGACCACGACGGCGCUCGUCUCGGGUCUUGUUUCCCUUGAGCUCUACAAGCUUAUUCAGGGCCAUAACAAGCUAGAGCUGUUUAAGAACUCAUUCAUUAAUCUCGCGUUGCCGUUCAUAGGAUUUUCGGAACCGAUGCGCGCUUCCAAACAGAAAUAUUAUGAUACGGAAUUCUCUCUAUGGGAUCGGUUCGACGUGCAGGGCGAAAUGACGUUAAAGGAGUUCAUGGACUUCUUUUUGAAAGAGAAAAAGCUAGAAAUCACAAUGCUGUCGCAAGGCGUCUCCAUGCUUUAUUCAUUCUUUAUGAAUAGCCAGAAGCGCGAAGAACGCCUUAAGAUGACAAUGUCAGAGGUGGUAGAAAGCGUCAGCGGAAAGAAGAUCCCGCCUCAUGUAAAGGCGCUCGUUUUCGAGCUCUGUUGUAAUGACAUUGACGGCGAAGAUUUGGAGGUGCCCUACGUUAACUAUCGUCUGCCGAAGAAAUAAUCGGAGCUCCAGUAGGAGUGACUGUCCUAACCCACUAUAGAAGCGAAGUAAAUGUAUGAGCUGUAGCAGACGUACACAAAAGACUAGACGGGAACGUCAAUGCCGGAUCAAGGCGUAUAACAUACCCACCACCAAUAAAGGACACAUGGAUGGAUUGAUGUUAAUGCUAGAAAAGUAUUUUAUUCAAGGAUAAAAGACAUGAUCUAAAUAUUGAUGGACGAUGAUAAUGGUCAUUACAUGAUAUAAACAAAAAGUAGCGAAAGCUAAUGAAACGGUAAAGUGUGGUACACAUCUUUAAGGUGUUUUUUCCUCAAGAUUAAAUAUAUUUUGCAAAAAAAGCAGAAGAACUUUUUUCUAUUAUAGUUAAAAACCAUAAUUAUGUAACUUGAAAACUUAAUUUUAGUUAAUAGGUACAUAAAAAAACGGUUAUGAUGUUGAAAGUUACCAACAAAUAUACUUGACGACUGACAAGCUACGUAAUACAAGACUAGGUUAAAUCGGCAAGAUUCUAAUUUAGUGAGUUCUUUUCUUGAAUUGGGGGAACGCUACGAGCCUUGUAUACUAUAUUGUAGGGUGGUCCUAGGGCAGUAAAAAAAAAAAUAGGAUUCUUUGAGGAAAAGAGUGCAGCGUGGCAUAUUACGCGCUUAAGAUAAUAUUGUUAGCGUUUAAUUCCAGCAGUAUAUCUGUUUGUAACAAAAGAUUCAAUGAUGAGUGGGUGACGACAAAACCCGCAGGUCGGGAGAAUCAGUGUCGACAGCAAGUCCAAAAAAUUCGGGUGUAAAAAGUACUUAGGUGGUUUACUGCAAACUGGAUUGCCGGUACGUGUUGGUUGACUAAAUAGUAAGGAAAAAAAUUAAGAUAUACCUCACUUGCUGCUAAUUCUAAUUCUCGAGAGUUUAUUUUGGAUUGAAAGCUGAGUGUGUUACCGAUCUGUUGCACCGUGGGAGUAGUGGAUAAUUGCAGGACUAAGGAGAAUACUCAGCAACCUCGAAGUUGGAACUCUGUCGCUAUCAUUGUCUUUGAUUAUAAUAAAAUUUGCUCGCGCGAUAUGAAAUAAAGCUUAUUGACAUCGUAUCGAUGGA